CUUUUGAGUUUUUCAUGCCGUUCACUUUUCUGCUGAGUGAAUUUUUUUUAGAUCUUCACAAUUUAUUUGAGAAAAAAGUAUUCAGCUUUUUUAUUAAAGUAGAAUUUUUAAAAGUUUACAAAGUGGUUAAGAUAAUUGGUCAGAGAGAUUUGAAAUGUACGCACAACAAGGUCGGGGGUCACAGUUGACCAUUGGUUUGCAUCAAACUGCGAGGGGCGACGGUGACGAAGUUCUGUUGAAGGAAGUCAAUCAACUUUUGGAUUUUUCCACUGCUCCGACUUCCUUGUUGGAGAUUUACCUGCAAGAAGUCAACUACUGGAAAGAGAAGGCUCAUGGAUUGAAGAAAUGUUGUGAAGAGCUGAUGCAACGUCUUGGCAGCACUGGCGAUCAAGGUGCCGUGGCUGUUGUCCCCGUCAACAAUGAUCCAAUUGUUGCCCAGUUGGCUAGCUUUGAAGCUGAGGUUGAUGAUGAAGCUGUCUUGCAGGCUGGACAUGACGAUGUGGCGCCGUUUGACCAGGUAGUCGGUGUUGAGCUGAACCAGAACGGUCAAGAGCAGAAGGAACAGGCUGAUUGCGUCGAUCAUCAGCCUACUCGGAAAUUGAAGAAAACGGUUGUUGCGACCAUGAAGCAAGCACUGCAAAGUAUGCUGGUUAGUAAUGAAGAUUUUAAUCGUCCCUUGAUUAAUCCAACUCAGACGAUGUAUGAAACGGAUUCCAACUAUCGUGCGCCAAUCUCUCCUACACCAGCAUCCCCGGAAGCACGAUCUCCGGCAUCGUCUGCAACAAAAAUUUCCCCGGUACCAGCACCAAUAAAAAUUUCUACAGUACCGCCACCAGCAAUUACUCCGGUAGCUAUACAAUCACCAGCCGUAAUUUCUCCGGCACCAGGGCCAGUCCCAGCAGUAAUUGUUCCGGAACCAGCGCCAGCAGUAAUUGCACCAGCAAUGAUUACUCCAGCGCCAGCAGUAAUUCCUCCAGCGCCAGCAGUAAUUCCUCCAGCGCCAGCACCAGCAAUGAUUACUCCACCACCAGCGCCAGCAGUAAUUGCCCCACCGCCAGCGCCAGCAGUAAUUGCUCCACCGCCAACGCCAGCAGUGAUUACUCCAGCACCUGCAGUAAUUGCCCCACCGCCAGCACCAGCAGUAAUUGCUCCAGCACCAGCAGUGAUUACUUCACCACCAGCGCCAGCAGUAAUUGCUCCACCGCCAGCACCAGCAGUGAUUGCUCCACCACCAGCAUCGCCAGGAAUUUCUCUGGUAGUAGCACCACCAGUAAUUUCUCCGCCAACGGCAUUAUCAAGUGCAUCUGAAAAAUCUGCUGACGAGCCGAUAUAUGUACCUUCACGAUAUUAUCGACCUGCUCCACCCCCGCGCCCAAUGCCACCAAUGAAUUGGGAAGACAGGGAACAUUAUGGUUUGGCUGCUCUGCGAGCUAUGCAGCUCGAAGAUUUGUACAAGGCUCGAAAUCUAAUUGAAGCUGGAUUGAAAUACGAACAAGAAUUGGAAGAUUGGAGCGAAGCCGUUAUCACCGAAGUGCACAAGGCUGCUGCGCAUGAAGACCGACGAUGCAUGUUGAAGAAACGAAACGGUGACUACCAGCAAAUAAUUUUCUAAUUUUUAUAUCACUUUCUGAAUCAUUUUCUUAGAAUUCUUUUAAGUUAGUUAAACUCCUACACAAAUCUGGUACUUAAAUGAAUCAUAGGGUAGCAUGAUUUGGUUAGGAUAAUCUCUGUAACGUUAUCUGCAACGUUUGGUACGAGAAGGGUCUAAAUUAUGUUGUUUAUGCAAUACGAAUUUUCUAUGAAAAUUUUAGGAUAUUUUGAGAUGAUGUUAAUUCGGCUGAUUAAUUAUACAUGCUUUAAUAAAUGGAAUGUCAUUUCUGUUACUCAAUAUUA